CCAGGGGCUUCCUCUUGGCCCCGGAUGUGGGAAGGAAGUGCCAGGGGCAAACGGUGGUAUUACCGAGACAGGAAGCCCCACACCCAGAGGCCUUAAAGAGGGGGAUGUGGCAGCAGCAUGGAAUUCGAGUCCAAGAUUUGGCCUGCUGAGUCUGCUUAAAGGCCCUGCAGGAUGAAGGCUUUCUCUCUCUUCUUCCUCCCCGUCCUGGGGCUGCUGGUGUAUGGCAAGUCGCUGUGUCCCGUGGACGAAGCCAUCAAUGAGAAGAUCCAAGAUGUCACCAGCUCCCUAAUUUUUGAGGCAGUAAGAAAUAUGGAUCUGGAAUGCCGCAGUGUCACCUCCAGGGGGGACCUGGCCACCUGUCCCACAGGCUUCGCUGUCACCGGCUGCACGUGUGGCUCCGCCUGUGGCUCGUGGGAUGUGCGUGCGGAGACCACCUGCCACUGCCAGUGCGCGCGCAUGGACUGGACGGGAGCGCGCUGCUGUCGUCUGCAGGCCUCAGCCUGAGGUCCCUUGAGCGCGGCAGUGAGCCCGGGGGGGCGUGGCCAGGUCUCUGAGGGACGGGGCUGGAAAUAAACUCUGAGAAGAUGCUGAAAAGGA